AUGACCGUCAAACCAGCGAGUGGCCAGAAGGCGGAGGCCGACAGUCUGAGGCCGUUGGUCGUGUUUGGGGUCGCCUUCUCCACCAUCACCAUGCUGAUGAUAGUGUUGGCCAUCCCGACGAUCUACGAUCAGAUGCAGCACAUGGAGGUGUGGAUGCAGCACGAGGUAGAGUUCUGCAAGGGAAGGUCGCACAACUUGUUAGAUGAGGUCAUGAGAACACAGGUAAGACAUUUCUAUAAUUUUAAUUAUUUCAAACAGCUCUUUAAAAAAUUAUUUCAAAUAUUUUUUUUCAUUUACUGAUAAGUCUUUUAAAACUGUUAACCAAAUCAUUUUAGGAACUGUCCAAAAAGUUCACCCGUACCAAGCGUGCCACUUCCAUUUCCUUCUCCUCAACGGCGGACAGUCUGGUCAACUCGGCCAUUCAACAAGCACAAGCCGGCAGUAGGAUCAUUUCAGAGUUCGAAACUCAAUGUUGUGCUUGUGGUGUAUCGCCUAAAGGUCCACCCGGCCCCCAAGGUCCCGAUGGUGAUGCGGGACCAGAAGGUCUGCCUGGAGCACCCGGCAAAGACGGUGAAGAUGGAAAGCCAGCUGUCACUCGACCCCCACCAAACUGGUGCUUCGACUGUCCACCAGGUUCUCAAGGACCACCAGGACUUCCCGGUCCACGAGGACCUUUGGGACCAAAGGGAAUGUCUGGACAUCCAUCGCCCAAACCCCUGGCUGGAGCUCCUGGACCACAAGGACCUCCAGGACCAAUGGGACCACCCGGACCAGACGGAAAUCUCGGUAGUCCAGGGCAUCCAGGUCGUCUCAUAGAUACAGCACCACGGGUUGGUCCAGCUGGUCGUACAGGGCCGAUGGGAGAGAAGGGUCAGCCUGGAGAACAAGGUAUGGAAGGUUUCCCUGGCCCACGAGGACCACCUGGACCGGUCGGUGAUUUGGGCGAACAAGGACCACCUGGUUAUGAUGGUGCUAACGGUGAGAACGGCGUUAACGGCCAGACUGGCCGCGAUGGAACUUGCGACCAUUGUCCACCGGCCAAGACCGCUCCAGGCUAUUAA